GCUGCCUUCCCGCAGGUGGCCGCCGAGUACUUCAAGAACACCACGCUGCUGCUGGUGGGCGUCAUCUGCGUGGCGGCUGCCGUGGAGAAGUGGAACCUGCAUAAGCGCAUUGCUCUGCGCAUGGUCAUGAUGGCCGGAGCCAAGCCGGGCAUGCUCCUGCUCUGCUUCAUGUGCUGCACCACGCUGCUCUCCAUGUGGCUCUCCAACACGUCCACCACCGCCAUGGUGAUGCCCAUCGUGGAGGCCGUGCUGCAGGAGCUGGUCAGUGCCGAGGACGAGCAGCUCGUGGCUGGCAACUCCAGCGCCGAAGAGGCCGAGCCCAUCAGUCUUGAUGUAAACAACAGCCAACCCUCUCUGGAACUCAUCUUUGUCAAUGAAGACACGUCGACUGCAGACUUCACCUCUCUGAUGCAGAACAAGAACGUGAAUGGUGUGCCCAGAAUCACCAACCCGGUCAAAACAGCAAAUCCCCAGGGCAAGAAGGAGCACCGGUCCCAGGAAAAGCCGCUAGUCCUGAUCCCUGGCCCCAGGAACCAGGAGCUCAACAGAAAGUACAAGUCCCAGCAUGACCAGAUGAUCUGCAAGUGCCUCUCUCUGAGCAUAUCUUACGCCGCUACCAUUGGGGGCCUGACCACCAUCAUUGGCACGUCCACCAGCUUGAUUUUCUUAGAACACUUCAACAACCAGUACCCCGCUGCAGAGGUGGUCAACUUCGGCACCUGGUUCCUCUUCAGCUUCCCCAUCUCCCUCAUCAUGCUGGUGGUCAGCUGGUUCUGGAUGCACUGGCUGUUCCUUGGCUGCAAUUUUAGAGAAACCUGCUCUCUGAGCAAGAAGAAGAAGACCAAAAGGGAAGAGGUGUCAGAGAAGAGAAUCCAAGAGGAAUAUGAAAAGCUGGGAGCCAUUAGCUACCCUGAAAUGGUAACUGGAUUUUUCUUCAUCCUGAUGACCGUGCUGUGGUUUACCCGGGAGCCUGGCUUUGUUCCUGGCUGGGAUUCUUUCUUUGAAAAGAAGGGCUACCGCACAGAUGCCACGGUCUCUGUUUUCCUCGGCUUCCUCCUCUUCCUGAUCCCAGCAAAGAAGCCCUGCUUUGGGAAGAAGAGUGACGGUCUGAGGGACUCGGGCGACUGCACCAGUAAUGGCCACGGGGCUUGGGCCCGGCAGACACCAAACCCCGCAGCCCACCCCGACAGGCGACGAGCGGGCGCCGCGGGGAUCCGCACACACGCCCAGACCCCCCGAAACCCGGCCCUAGGCCGGCUGGACAGGCCUCGGACCCACCCCUGGCCCCUCCUGGGCAGCUCCCCUCACCAGGAACUGGAGCAUGGCGUCGGCGAGGAGGGCGAGGAGGGCGCGAAGGGCGGCGGCAGCUCGCCGCUCGCGGCGCUCCGCCGCCCACUGGCGGAGCGCCCCGGAAUUACCGCCUGGACUGGGGAGAAGGCCCGCGCCCAGGGCAGCCUCAAGUCCCAGGCAGGUCUGGCUGGACGGAUUUGA